AUGGCGACUCACAUGUCGAGGUGCAGGAGCUGGAGUCGGCUUCAGAGGUUUGGGAUUGCAGCUUACAGAAAGUACAGCAGUGGUGGAGGAUAUCCAAAUGUGUCCCUAUCUACACCGCUACCUGGAAUCCCAAAACCACUGUUUGCAUCCGUGGACGGCCAGGAAAAAUACGAGACAAAGAUCACAACUCUAGAAAACGGCCUCAAAGUUGCUUCUCAAAACAAGUUUGGCGAAUUCUGCACUGUUGGAAUUUUGAUAAAUUCUGGAUCUAGACAUGAAGCAAAAUAUCCAAGUGGAAUAGCACACUUUUUAGAAAAACUCGCUUUUUCUUCCACAGCUCAGUAUGGGAGCAAAGAUGAAAUCCUUCUCACACUGGAAAAACAUGGGGGCAUAUGUGACUGCCAAACAUCAAGAGACACGACCAUGUAUGCAGUAUCUGCUGAGGUCAAAGGUCUGGACACUGUAGUCAGUCUUCUGUCUGAUGCUGUCCUGCAGCCUCGCCUGCUGGACGAAGAGGUUGAGAUGACCCGGAUGGCCGUGCGCUUUGAGUUAGAGGAUUUAAACAUGAGGCCGGACCCCGAGCCUUUACUCACUGAGAUGAUCCAUGCUGCUGCGUAUCGGGGGAACACAGUCGGACUUCCUCGCUUCUGUCCUGCAGAGAACGUGGAAAAGAUAGACAAGAAAGUACUUCACAGCUAUCUGCAUAACUACUACUGCCCUGAGCGCAUGGUGCUGGCAGGCGUGGGCGUCGAGCAUGAGCAGCUGGUCGAAUGUGCCCGGAAGUAUCUGCUGGACGUGAGGCCGGUUUGGGGGACGAGUUCGGCCGCUGAUGUGGACCUCUCUGUAGCGCAGUACACCGGUGGCUUCGUUAAGAUGGAGAAAGACAUGUCUGACGUGAGCCUGGGCCCCACACCCAUCCCAGAACUCACCCACAUCAUGAUAGGCUUGGAGAGCUGCUCCUUCCUGGAGGAGGACUUCAUCCCCUUUGCUGUGCUGAACAUGAUGAUGGGUGGAGGGGGUUCCUUCUCUGCAGGAGGACCGGGGAAAGGCAUGUUCACUCGCUUGUACCUGAACGUCCUCAACAGACAUCACUGGAUGUACAACGCCACCUCCUACCAUCACAGCUACGAGGACAGUGGGCUGCUGUGCAUCCACGCGAGCGCAGACCCCAGACAGGUGCGAGAGAUGGUGGAAAUUAUAACCAGAGAGUUCAUUCAGAUGGGCGGGAGUGCAGGAGAGAUGGAGCUGGAGAGAGCCAAAACUCAGCUAAAGUCCAUGUUGAUGAUGAAUCUAGAGUCUCGUCCUGUUAUAUUUGAAGACGUUGGACGCCAAGUUCUGUCCACGGGAAAGAGAAAGCUCCCCCAUGAGCUCUGUGACCUCAUCAGCAGCGUGACGGCCAGCGACAUUAAGAGAGUGACCACCAAGAUGCUGAGAAGUAAACCUGCAGUGGCUGCUCUCGGGGAGCUGACAGAGCUGCCCACGUACGAACACAUCCAGGCGGCGUUGUCAAGCAAGGACGGACGCCUGCCUCGCGUCUACCGCCUCUUCAGAUAGAUCCUCCCGGCAUGGCUCAGGACCUGCUGUAAAUAAGCCCCCCACUGGAAGAUUACACUAGCAUUUCCUCCCAAACUCAGAAAUCUACACGGCUAGGUCUGGGAGAGGACUGAUACCUGGUCUCUGACAUGCGCCUCUGACAGAAAAGAGGAGUUUUGUUUUUUAAGAAGUUCUUUCUACAGCACAGCAACCUCAGCUGGAUGAUCUAUUUAUUGGGCAGAAAGCCAUAAAUCUCCACCUGUUUGGUUUUAAAUGGACGGUUUUCCCCAAAACAAAAAACACUUAGCUGUUUGUUGAUAAGUAAAUGUUACGCUGUGACUCCUCAUUUAGUCGGUUAUGGUUAGAUAUUAAUGUUGGACUUUUUAUCGUACCUUCAUCUAUUCUCCUUCAAAGUGAGCAAACUAAAACCUUCUGAGGCUGAAGUAUCUAAACCCAUUUUAGAAUACAUUUAAAAACAAACCAGUCCAGAUGAAGAGUGUUUGUAUAAAUAAAGUUACUGGAACUUUCUUUUAUGGUGGUUAUUUAAUUUAGUUUGAACUACAUAGACUGAAGGCAAAAAAUAGAAAUAUAUUAAAUUAUUGGCUGGAGGAUUAAUUCAAUUAGACUGACUCAGUGUUUGUGAUUUGCUAAUGGGCUCCCAGUCUAAAACUUUCAGUGAAAUCUGUGACAAACAGCCAGUUUUAUCGGUUAUAUCACAUUUGAAUGGUUUUUAAUUGGUUUUAGGGAAGAUGCUUUGGUUCAAACAGUUUAAUAUCUAUCUAUAUAUAUGUAUAUAUUAGAUGAUGGAACAUUUUCCGCUUUCUAGUUAAUUAAAGGAACAGACUAGACUACAGCUUUAUUCUUGACCCGUCUGCUCCGUUUUAUGCUCAUGAUAUAGAUGCUGUUUUUUAUGUUCUCAAAUAAACCUCUGAGGAUGUUGUAGGACAGUAGGGUUCUGAUAGACAGGCUUUUAAAGGCAGUUGGCUGUACAUGAUUUAAUUUUAGGUUAUACAAGUAGACUUCUU